AUGAAAGAGAAUAUUUCUCUUCUUCUUCCACAAAGAUCCUUCCACCACCAUAGAAGUAACUUGAAGAAAACUUUCAAAAUGCUUGAUCAUUCGGCCCUUGAUUGCAAAACUGUGGCGUCUUUCACUCAACUAGCAUCCGAGUUACAGAAGAAAAUUUUGAAGAUGAUUUUGGAGAGUUUUGGACUUGAGAAAUACAUGGAUGAGCUCAUUGACUCCACAAACUAUCAACUGAGGGUCAUGAAAUAUGAAAAGCCAAAACCAAGUGAUUCAACCCAUGCGUUAGCUGCGCACUGUGACACUAAUACGAUGACCCUUUUGUAUCAAAACGAGGUUAAUGGACUACAGAUUCAAAGCAAAGAUGGUGAAUGGAUCAAUAUGAAGCCUUCACCCAACUCUUUCAUAGUCUUGAUUGGAGAGUCCCUUAGCGUAUGGUUAAAUGGUCGAUUGCCUUCGCCUUCUCAUCGUGUCAUGAUGAAGGGUAACGAAGAUAGGUAUAGCUUGGGACUAUUUACAAGGCCAAGAGGAGGCUACGUAAUAAAGGUUCCAAAUGAGCUUGUCGAUGACAACAAUCCCAUUCUUUUCAAACCUCAUGACCAUGAAGAAUUUUUGAAAUUUUAUUACUUCGAAAUCGCUCAAGCAGCUGUUAAACCUUGGGGUUAUAUAUCUCGUCUUAAUGCUUAUUGUAGUGUCUAA